AGGCUACGUAGGUACCGCGAGCUUACUACAUGAAACGCGGGCCGAUAUUCACCCAUUGGUACAGCACUAAAGUGCAAGCCAAAAUGACGACCGUUCUUUGCUGAGCCUCGUUUGAACAAAACCCUCCGCCGCAUUAGCACCACUCCCUCGUCCCCAUCAUGGAGUAUUUCGCGGACUCCCCGCGUUUCGUCCGCCGACGGUUCCACGCCGAACAGGAGCACUUGACCCACAUCCAGCACUCGGACACCUGUCGCUGUCUGAAAUGCGCGAAGUUCGCCCGGACGGCCCCGAAACUCGGGAUCCAAAUUCCCGACUCGGUGUUAGAGGAAGUCAACAAAAACCGGGUUUCACUGAUCGACCCGCUGGUCUGUGCCCCCGCGACAACCAGCAUCGGCGCAGCGGGCAGUCAGGCGAGCGGGGCCGCGGGGGAACCGGUAUAAUUAAUGCGAGUGGAGGUUUGUCUUUGACUUUGUCAUGCGUGAGUGUACUACCUAGUACUGCGGUUCAGUUUCUGAUGCUCCUGUUUGAACAACUACAACCUGGUGCGAUUGUCUUCAAAAUUUCUAACAGCGUGGUCGCGGGUCACCAGCAAAAUCAUCCAAGACCGUCGUCAAGAAGGAGGUUGCGCCGGCAAGGGUAUUAAUUCGUGUUGAUGCCGUUCAUAAGAACUUCGACUUCCACAACUGGGGUUUUGCAUGCCAGCAUCAAAUAAGUUGCAAAAUUAGAAUUCUAUGCUUGCAUAAUAAACAACCGACGCAACUACGCAAAGUUUCUAUCUGCAAUACAGAAAUACCGUGACCUGCAAUGGCUGAUGAUGAAGAUGAAGGGAUCCGUGAUCGUCGGCGUCAACACGCUAUCAACUGCAAAUAUGUCUGGGUCUGGAAGAGUGCCAGACUUGUCAUGCAGGUUUUCCAUGACCCAUGAUGUCUGCUAUGUAGGACAUAGCAUGACGGAUUCUGUGAUUAGUUCUCUCUCUAUGAUGCCUAUUCUGCUGCAUAAAAAACUGCAUCCCGAUUAGGUCACACGUGGACAGCUUUUGGUAAUCAUGCAACACAGAUUUUUACAUGAUUCAGAUUUAGCAUGACAAGCUCCAUCCUCCCACACCCAGACAUUUUUGCAUUUGAUACACGCUUUACAAAGACGAACGAGGGAGACAGUCGUACGAUAUUCAACUCUCAACCGUUGUCGACCCAAGCGGCGCGAGCAGGGCUGGGGCAAGUGACGACGUAUGAUUUUUUGAUUUUGUCUCAUGUGAAAAAUCAUUUAUUGGUCUGCAUGAUUGGUGGUAUUCUCGCUCUGUGUCUCAAUGUGCAUGACUGACACGUUGGUUUGAGUUUUAUCUUCUUCAAAAUGUAGUUCCAAAAUCUUGCAAUCCCAAUCUUGCAACACAAACCACACGACCCAUUACAGGCUACCGGCGCAUCCCGAAAAAACGAGCUGGUGGAAAAGAUGAACUAUCCUGUGCAAAAGUAUCGUACUCGUAUGAAUCGCAAUACAAACUGGCUCAGCAUUACAAAUUAAAUUUGUAAUGCGGAUUUACCUUAAAGCAACUACAUUUGUAAUGCAUAACUGCGAUCACUACGAGUGCGAUACUUUUGCAAUGCAUAUGAGCCAGAUGGUCCAUCGGGUCCUUUUCCCUGACACAAUCUUUUUCGACCGCGGAAAACCCACGCAGUAUUUUCUCACGUGCAACAUGGACGAAGACGUCUCCUCCGCGGGGCAAUCUGGGACGGAAUCCACUGUGAAGAUGAAAUCGUCUGGCGUUUCCACAACCACCUCCGAUGAGCAGGAGAAAAAGAAGGAAGCGGCGAAGAAAAAGAAGGAGUUGAAGAAGCAACUAGAAUAUCAAAUGUAAAAAUGUCUGGGUCUGGAAGAAUGCACGUUUGUCAUGCUUGUCUGGCAUGACUCUUAAAUCUGUCAUGCACGUUGCCCAAGAGCCGCGCUUUUCUGUCAUGCGGAGACGCAGUUUGUCAUGCAGAAUAGGCAACACCUAGUAGCUCAGAUGAAAUUUGUCAUGCUGAGCCAGCACUUGUGGCCUCCCCAUGCUACGCCACUUAGCAUCACAAGUUUAUUCCAGACCCAGACACUUCUGCAUUUGAUAUAG